AUGGCGGUGUCUAACUCGGCUCCGCUGCCCCUGCUUCCCGCUCUAGCGACGCCGGCGCUCGACGAGAAGUGGUUUGGCGAAUGCUCCUUUUUGCUUUUUUCUCGCGCGCCAUACAACCCGACGGCGUCGACUGAGCAGGUCUUCUCCAUCUCCCCUGCCAGCCUACAGCAGUCUACUUCAUCUCGUCUCUCAGCGGCGCCUUCCUCUCAAGACGGCGCGCGCGGCCCUCCCGACCGUCUCUCGCUUGCGUCUCCCUCUCCGUCCGCUGCUUCUGCUGUCAGCGCGCGGCUGAGUCCGCAGCUCGCCGAAGACGAAAAACGCUUCGGCGCGCUGCCGCCGCCCUCCUCGGACCGGAUCCUCGGCGCAGCCAAGAAGGCGGCGAUCCUCUGGGGCGAGAGGGAGGAAGAAGCCCUGGAGGCCGACGCGAAACCCGAGAAAGGAACGGACCGCGCGAAGAAGAUCUUCAACAAAUUCUUCUCCGAGGAUCAUGAGGAGCGUUUGAUCGCGGCAGCGAGUAUUGGCUUUCUCUGCUCGGCCCUGGGCGACGGCCGGCGGGACUUUAUCUCUUUUCUUCUCUCCUUUAUCGAGACUGAGGACGACUCCUUAGUGCUGGAAACAGUCGCGCGGGAGCUGCAUGCGCUGCUCGCGGAGGCCUUGCCGAAUCCGGAGGCCAUCGUGGCCUCUGCGCGCGCCGACCCCGAGAGCUGCGAAGUCUCGCUCUUCUUCUCGCUUCUCCACGCGCUUCUUCUCACUGCCGACGACGCCGUUAAGGAGGCGGCCGUGGCGGCGUCCUUCCACCUCUUCAGCGCCGCGCGACUGCUCGCGCCCGCCUCCGCCGAGCUGCCGGCGGUGGAGUCGCUUGCGGAGGACGCCGCGGUUCUCUUCCGCGCCAUUUUCCUCCCGAGGCUGCUGCAGAUGCUUCAGGGCGGCCUCAGUGCGCAGCGCGUGGCGGCGCUUCUUCUCCCUGCCGCGCUGUAUCACCUGCGGCUGGUCGCGGAGUUGCUGCCGCGCAGCGACCCGCGCGACGCGGGCAGCUCCGAGGCGGGACCUGACCUGCGGCCGUUUGAGCGCGAGCUUGACCGGCUGGUGAGCGAGUACGUGAUGCUCUGCGGCGAGGGAGCCGACGCGGCCGCGGCGCCCACUCUGCAGCGCGAAGCAGGCUCUCAGCUGCCCCUGUUUGUGACCUUUUGCGCGCGAGUGGUCGGGGGGGAGCGGAGGAAGGCGCGCGCCUGCGCAAGCGCCGAGCGCGCGGCCUCGCUAGGCAAGACGCGUCUCGUCGAGAAGAAGACCCGCGGCGCCGAGGAGCCGGAGAAGAAGGGAUGCGAACAGGACGGGGGCAAAGAGGAGAGAGCGACGACAUCCGAAGACGAAGCAGAGCCGCAAAUCGUCCAGGCACUGUACGAGGCGACCUACUUCUUCCUCCGCGCGUCUGCGGACGCACCGAAGCUGCAAGGCAUCAAGGCGCUGGCGACGAUGGCUGAAAUGGACGCUGCGGCCUUCAGAAGCAUCGGAGACAGUCUCCUUCCUGUUCUCUGUGCGGAUCCGAGCUGGCGAGUUCGCGCGGCAGUCUGCGAGGCGCUGGACAAGCUCGGUCGCUUCCUCGUGGCGACCGCCGCGGAAGACGGGAAAUCGACUGACGCGGAGGCUGUCUUCAUUCCGCCGGCGGCGCUUGGACAAGGCACCUGCCUCGUCUCCGUGCUCGCUCAGUUCCUCAAGGACCGCGACCUGAACGUGAAGGCUGCGGCGCUGCGGACGACGCGGAAGCUGGUCAAGAUGACAAAUAAUUGCACAGGCAUCAUGCAAACAUUUCUUGAGGAAGGCGAGAGUCUCUUCAACGCGGCGGGUGUCACGCAGAGCGCUCCGAUCCUCGUGGAGUGUAUGGACACCCUGUGCGCUAUGGCGGGAGCUGCCACUAGCGAGGAGGCCUCGUGGCAGCUCACGGUUUUCGCCUUUCCGCUUCUCAGAGUCGAUGACUGGCACGUCGCGAUGUCUUUCCUCGAUAAUCUCGCGGUCUUCGUGUCUGCUCCGCCCCCGUCGUUUCUCUCGGUUCUCCUUACGCGGCUCGACAUGCUUGUCAACUUGCCUUCUUCCCGCUGGCGCAUCCGCGCACGCAUUCUCCAAAAAAUUCCACUUCUUCUCCUUGCGCCUAAAAUUGAAGAGGAGACGGCGACGCAGUUCUGGUUGCUUCUCGUUCAGCUUCUCCAAGAUGACGUCUGGGCUGUUCGCCAAGAAGGGCCUGCCGCCAUCGAGCAACUGGUUCUCAACGCGCGGGCAGAGGAAGAACAUCACGAGGCGGCUGCGGAGCGGCAGCGCGCGAAGAAGUCCGCAAAGCGCCAAGAGGCUCUGGGGGACGACUCAACGAUGGGCUCCGGCGAAAACGCCGAAAAGAUCGCGGCGGAGGAGGCUCGUCUCGCGAUCCGCUUCGCUCGUGAAGGACUCCUGGGGCACCUUCUGCCGAUCUUUGAACAGCUGCGAGAUGACAAGCGCUACUUCGUCAGGGGCGAACUCUGCCGAUACAUCCUCGUGAGUCCGCGCCUGGCCGCAGCCGCAGCCGCCUUUCUUCAUCUCCGCACGGGGGCUGAGGGUAUGGGCAGCCCUAAAGCCUCCUGCGCCACCGGCUCACCUCCGGCCAUCAAGGAUCUCUACUCGCGGGAGAUAUGGAUCUCCCAGUUCGCGCCGCUCCUCGAACAAGUCGUUGGUGACCGCGUGGCUCAGACGCGAUACGCCGCUGCCCAGGCCGUCAAGAUUCUCCUCGAAGAGGCAGCGAACGAGACGUCGGUCGUGCCAUCUGACUGGCUCCAGAAGAUGAAGGCGAAGCUGAUCCGCGACUCCGAUCCCGAUGUCGCAGAAGUCCUUUUCGAAGACGACUGA